AUGUCUAUGGACGUGCACUUUAAAAACUUGUGGAGAACGCUUAAAUACUAUCAUGAAAUAAUCCAGCCUAUUACCACCGUCAUUUUACUCGACUUCGAGGCAUAUCUAGAGUUUGUGGAUGCCGUUAAGGUCUACUCCAUGUCCUUUCCGGUGUGGUUUAUUCUGUUUCUUUAUACCCCCGACAACAACAUCCAUGACUAUUGUCAUGAGCCGAUCGGUAAUCCCUUUAAUCUGGCGUUCGACACGCAAAUGUUGGUAUUGUGUAACAACGAGAUAAUUUUGCGAGAAUGGUAUUCCAUCAAAGGCGAAACCGUUAAAAUUUUUGACCUGGCAGAAUGGAAAGACGAUGAAGGAUUUGUUCCUUUGACAAAUUUAUCUCUCUACGAACGAAGGAAAAACAUGGAAGGAGUUGUUCUACGGGCGGUCGCGAUAAAGAAUUUUAUUUCGGCAAUUGGGAAUCAAAUGGCUACUACGUACACAAAAGUAUUCGAGGAGCUCAUGAGUCAUCUUAACUUCACCAUGAAUAUUGUCUCACAAAAGCUCGAAUACGGAAUGCGGAAUCGACAAACUCUCAUCUGGUCUGGAGUGAUGGGAGAGAUCGUAUAUAAUCGCGCGGAUUUCGCAGUCGCCGACAUGGCGUUGACGAGUUUUCGAAUUUGUUUUGUCGAUUUCACGCUGCCCUUGAUCAUAUCUAAAAUCAAUCUGUAUUUCAAGGAACCGGGAAUAUGUGGCAUCAAGUGGAUCGGCUACUUUCAGAUCUUCAGUUCGCGCACUUGGGUUACAAUUAUCAUAUUGAUAACGACCGCACCAUUACUCUUAUUCUUCAUGAAAAUAUGUCGCGAUCAAUCACGAAGCAUCGUGGAUCUGAUCUCUGAGAAUUUCAUCUGCAUUUGGGGUAUCUUUUGCCAGCAGGCGCUUAUAGAGUUUCCAAAAAGUUCAUCACUGCGUGUCGCGUAUUUCACGAUAAUUUUGACGGCGGUGCUAAUAAUGGCUCACUAUUCAGCGGCAUUAAUUUGCUUCCUGACGGCAUGUACUCAUGUUCUACCUUUUCAAACGCUAAACGAAUUCAUUGACGAUGGUACCUAUAAAUUAAUCGUAAUACGCGAUAGUGCCGACUAUGACAUAGUCACUGUAAGUUCAUUCAGCAAUCAAAGAAUCGUUGCAUUCAAUUUAAAAACGACGACAUUGGUGCAUACAUUGUCACGCGAACUCUCACGGCAGCGAAUCAUGAUUAUGACCAUAACUUUUUCAAAUCUGAUGAGCAAAUACAAUGAUUAUCAGAAGAAUAUCAGAUUGCCUUUAUUCGUCGUUUUCCUCGAUAUAGAGGAUACUAUGUGCAAAUUCGCUAAGAUCACGAAGAGCAUAAAGCCCAUCUCUUUUCCUAUCUGGUUAAUUGUGUUUCUUCAGCAUCUUGGAAACCCCCUUAAAGAUUACUGCAUGCAUCCUGCCGAUAACAUAUUUAACGUAGACGUCAGCACUCAGAUGCUGAUCCUGUGCUACAAUCGCCCGAUUCUAGUCGAGUGGUAUGCCAUUCGUGAUAAUUAUACUAGAACGUUUGAUCUGGCUACAUGGUCUCCUGAUAGAGGUCUGAUCCUGAGAACGCAAGAAAAUCUGUACGCCAGAAGGAGCGACAUGUUUGGUGAUGUUGUACGCGUGACAGUUGUAAAUAACUCGCCAUUAGUGUCGCUGAAGAACGGUACGAUGGAUGGAUUUUUUGGUUUGCUACUGAUAGAGCUCAGCAAAGUGAUGAACUUCACGAUAAAGAUUCUGGAUCCAGUGGACUCAUUCGGUAGCUGGGAUCCGCAGAAUGGUUGGUCAGGUGCGAUUGGCAAGUUGGUGAACAAUGAAGCUGAUAUUGGCAUAGCCGCAUUCACAGUAACGAACGAUAGACUAAACAACAUCGACUUUACGAUACCAUUGAUACGUACAGAAUACCGCCUCUAUUUGCAUCAGCCCAUCACGCCUUACGUGCAAUGGUUCUGGUACUUUAAGGUAUUUAGUCCUGGAGUUUGGGGUACAUUAAUAAUGCUAAUAAUAAUUGCUUCUAUUUUGUUAACUGUUAUUAAAGCAAAAGGAUUCUCGAUGAGUAUAAUAUCUGACAACUAUAUUAAAGUUUGGGGUAUUUAUUGCCAACAAGGUCUGCCGGUAAUAAUUCUAUCCAUCUAUUUCGCCUCAUUGAUCAGUUAUUUGGCACUCAAUACGGCUACACUGCCUUUUUCAACUUUGGAGGGAUACAUUGAGGACGGCACUUACAAAUUACUUGUUCUACAAAACAGCGCUGAAUAUGACAUUCCUCGUUAUACCAAGGAUCCCUUAUUAUUAAAAAUGUACGAAUCGCGGGAAGAUAAGGAAUAUUUACCAUUUAAUUUGAUUGAAGGAUUCAAGAAAAUUUGCGAGCGGAUGGACUUGGCGUUUUAUACGACGGAAGUAUUCAAAAACUAUAUGAGCAUUUAUAUACAAUGUGAGCUGGUAUAUAUUAAUACCGGACGAAUCGAUAAUAAUGCGAUAACUUUAAAGAAAGGAAGUCCUUACACUGGCUUUAUAAAUUACCACUUGAGGCGAUUUCAACUUAAUGGCGUUAUAAAUAAGUUACAAAAUAAGAAUCCCUCAAAAAUUCCAAUAAAGGGUAGUAUUGGUAAUUUUACGGUCGAUAUAACCGAUGUAACACCGAUUUUAACAAUUGUAGUAGGCAGUACAGUCCUUUCAUUAUUUGUCUUGCUAAUCGAGAAAGUGUAUUAUUCAUUUAAAACUCCAAACUCUAAGAAUAAUGAAUCCAUUACAAAAUUCACUUACAAUCUUAACGUGAGAAAUAAAUUGCGGAAGGAAUAUGAGAAGAACUAA